GGAGGUAGUACAGGCAAACUGUGUCCGCUGGAAGAAAAAGUUCUUAUUUAUGUGUAAAAUCAGUGCCAGUGCCACAACAGGAAUUCUGGAUACUUGCAUUUGCAGGGUGUCUGUACGAAAGGAGUUAAAAGGAGGAAAGGCGUAUGCAAAGCUGGGAUUUGCAGAUCUAAAUCUAGCAGAGUUUGCUGGAUCGGGAAAUACCACUCGUCGCUGUUUACUGGAAGGUUAUGAUACCAAAAAUACAAGACAGGAUAACUCCAUUCUCAAAGUUUUGAUCAAUAUGCAGCUAAUGUCUGGAGACCCAUGCUUUAAAACGCCUCCUUCCACAGCAACGUCUAUAGCAAUUGCUGGAGAAUCAGAAUCUUUGCAUGAAGACAGGAAAGGUGGAGAAAACUUAAAAGUAGUACAUCUGGGCAUAGCAGAUGUCUCAUUCAAGAGUGCCUCAGUCCCAGAUGAACUUGGUGCAUGUGGACAUUCCAGAACAUCAAGCUAUGCGAGUCAGCAGUCAAAACUGUCAGGAUAUAGCACAUGUCACUCUAGAUCAUCCAGUCUGUCUGAACUCUGCCACAGGAGAAACACCUCAGUGAGUAGUACAUCAACAGGAAUUGGAAGUAUUCUAGAGCCAUGUGAAGGGAGUGAGCCAAAAGUAACUGAAGCUAAUAUUGAUACAUCUGUUAAAGAUGCACCAUCAGAAAGACUCUGCAGACAUCCUGUAAAGCAAGACUCUGUGGAAUCACAGCUGAAGAGAGUUGAUGCUACCAGAGUUGAUGCUGAUGACAUAGUUGAAAAAAUACUCCAGAGUCAAGAUUUCAGUUUAGACUCAAGUGCAGAAGAAGAAGGUUUAAGAUUAUUUGUGGGCCCUGGUGGAAGCACUUCUUUUGGAAGCCAUCAUCUACCUAACAGCGUAGGAUCUGGAGCAUAUGAGCAGGUGGUGAUAAAACGCUAG